UCAAACUCAAGGCCCGCGGGCCACAUGUGGCCCUUUACAUCAUUUUAUGUGGCCCUCUCCCCCCCAGCACCAUUUUACAAGCUCAUUGAUAGACUUAAAAUAGGUUUUGAGCACAAAUUGGUUUCAUGAACGAUGGGAAAACGAAUAUCUGUUUGUACUUCAAGGUGAAAAACCAGUAUGUCUUUUGUGUUCUGGGACAGUGUCCGUUGUGAAAGAAUACAAUAUACGUCGGCAUUUUGAAACCAAACACGGAGCUAAGUACGCAUAAUUUAGCCUUUAAGAAAAACAAAAAAUUGCAGCAGAUUAAAGAGGCAGGUUGCAAUUGCAGCAGAAAUUGUUUACAAAAGCCACAGCCAAAAAUGAUGCAGCGGUGAUAGCAAGCUUUAUUGUGGCUGAAGAAAUCGUUGAGUUUCAAAAUCUUUUUCGGAGGAUGCUUUUUUGAAGCAGUGUAUGCUAAAGGUGUGUGAGCAGGUGUGCCCUGACAAAGUACAGACUUUUCAAAAUGUCUGUUUGUCAAGAAAUACCAUCGCGGAACGAGUUAAGGGUAGCCGGAAAUUUAACGACACAGCUGGCCGAAGAAAUGGGCAGCUGUCUGGCUUUUUCAUUAGCUGUGGAUGAAAGCACAGACGACGUGGAUACAGCGCAUUUGUCCAUUUUUAUUAGAGGGGUGAAGCCAGACCUGUCUGUAACCGAGGAGCUCCUGGAUAUAGUGGCGCUGCAUGGAACGACAACUGGUCGAGACAUAUUUGAUGCAGUGGAGAAGUCUGUCUGUAAAAAUAAAUUGCCAUGGGAAAGGUUGGUGGGACUAACUACAGACCGUGCACCUGCGAUGUGUGGAAGAAAAACAGGCUUGGUUGGACUAAUGAAAGAAACAAUGCAAAAAAGCAACAAUCAGAUGCCGCUCAUCAGGUAUCAUUGCCUUAUCCAUCAGGAAGCGCUGUGUGGAAAAGUUCUGGAGCUGGAUAAUGUGAUGACCAAGGUCAUGAAAACAGUCAACUUUAUUCGGGCGCGUGGCCUAAAUCACUGCCAGUUUCAGAUGUUUUUGCAGGAGGUGGGUUCAGAGCUUGAAGAUGUGCAGUACCAUACAGAAGUAAGGUGGCUGAGUGGGAGCAAAGUACUCAAACGAUUUUUUGAACUUCGAGAAGAAAUUAAUCUUUUGAUGAAGAACAAAGGAAAACCCUUGUCUGAACGGUCCGAUCCGAAAUGGCUGUGUGACUUUGCUAUGUUAUGUGACGUCACUGAGCAUCUUGCUCAGCUAAAUCAAAAACUGCAAGGACGUAAACAAGUCAUCACACAGAUGUCAGACAUGAUCACAGCUUUCCAGCGCAAACUCAACUAUGGAAGUGCCAGGUGGAACAAAACAAUCUCAUCCACUUUCCUGCUUGUCAGAUCAGCUUCGGCUUCUUCUCCUGGUGCUUUUUCAUGUGCUCGUUUAACUACCAAACUAACUCUGUUAAUAAACGAGUUUGAUCGGCGCUUUUCUGACUUUAGAUCGCCGCGCUCUGCUUUUGACAUCUUUGCCAAUCCUUUCACCGCCGAUGUCUGCAGUGCGCCCCACCGCCUUCAGAUGGAGUUAAUUGAGCUUCAAAGCGACAGUGGCCUGAAAGCAAAGUUCUGUGAUGUUUCAAUCGAGGACUUUUACCAUCUACUGCCCCCUGAUUUGAUGCCACAGCUUCGACUCCAUGCAGCCCGUGUUUUGUCCAUGUUUGGAAGCACCAAACAUGGACAAAACAUGUUUUGUGUUUAUUUACAGAACACAGCUGGUGAAUGAGGAUGUGUGUGAGUUGGUGACAGGGUGAAGAGGGAUCAGCUUUGAGUUCAAGGACAGGCAACAUCACCUAAUUGUUUUGUUACAUGGUCGUUGUGUAAUAAAUAACAAAAAAGUUUUGUGAAGUUUAGAGUUAAUAUCAAAACUUGUUUAAGUUCUUUCUCUGCUUAUCUUUACACACUGAUUUAAGUAUUGUAAUGUUUAAACUGAGCAGUAAUUUUACAUCCAUGCAAACUGAAAUGUAAUAUUUAACACUUGAAUACAUAAAAUCAGUUA